CCGAGCGCGUGUCAGCAGCCCCUUUAAAUCGCACCCGUUUUCUGCAUAAAAACUGACAAAAUACCUUUAUAUGUUAGUUUCCCUACAGUGACUAUGUGUGCGAUCUGAAGUGGGACACUCGAGGUCCGGACUGGAAGGCGGAGCGCAGCCUAGAAGUGCAAUUCAGGACACCAGUCUGUGCUGCAUGAGGCGGCUGGUUUUGCUAGCUGGGCUGUGGACCGAACAUAUUAGACGAGACCAUGAGCGAGCUGGAGCAACUGCGGCAAGAAGCAGAGCAGCUGCGGAACCAGAUCAAGGAUGCUAGAAAGGCAUGCAGCGAUUCCACUCUUGCUCAGAUUACAGCCGGCCUGGAUUCUGUGGGGCGAAUUCAGAUGAGGACAAGACGCACGCUCCGGGGUCAUCUAGCCAAGAUCUACGCCAUGCACUGGGGAAGCGAUUCCAGGUUACUAGUCAGUGCAUCUCAAGAUGGCAAACUAAUCAUCUGGGACAGUUACACCACAAACAAGAUGCAUGCCAUUCCUCUGAGGUCCUCCUGGGUGAUGACCUGUGCUUACGCCCCCUCUGGGAACUAUGUGGCCUGUGGGGGCCUGGACAACAUCUGCUCCAUAUACAGUCUGAAGACGCGGGAGGGCAAUGUGCGUGUCACUCGGGAGCUGCCUGGACACACAGGUUAUUUGUCGUGUUGUCGAUUCCUGGAUGACACCCAGAUUGUCACUAGUUCUGGAGACACCGCUUGUGCAUUGUGGGACAUCGAAACCGGCCAGCAGACGACCAAUUUCACAGGACACACCGGCGACGUCAUGAGCCUGUCCCUCAGCCCGGACUCUAAAACCUUUGUGUCGGGCGCCUGUGAUGCUUCUUCCAAGCUGUGGGACAUCAGGGACGGCAUGUGCAGACAGUCGUUCGCAGGACACGUGUCUGACAUCAAUGCCGUCUGUUUCUUCCCCAAUGGAAACGCCUUUGCGACGGGCUCUGAUGACGCCACCUGCAGGCUUUUUGACCUUCGGGCAGACCAGGAGCUCAUGAUGUAUUCCCACGACAACAUCAUCUGCGGAAUCACAUCUGUAGCGUUCUCUAAGAGUGGCCGCCUGCUGCUCGCCGGCUACGACGACUUCAACUGCAACGUCUGGGACACUUUGAAAGGAGAGCGUGCAGGGGUCCUGGCUGGUCACGAUAACCGGGUGAGCUGUUUAGGAGUUACAAAUGACGGCAUGGCUGUGGGCACCGGCUCUUGGGACAGUUUCCUCAGAAUCUGGAAUUGACCUGGGGAAUGGGGUUGGGGUGAACCACUCGACCUCCGCACCACGUGGAGGGCCCUGUUGCAGCCCACCGCUGUGAGAGAAUUAAUUUUUUUUUUUUUUUCUUUGUUUGGAGAAAGAUGGUGAAUUCCCCCCCCAAUUCAACUACGCAAAGCUUUCAAUAAAUAUUUGUAAUGAUGCAGAAAGAAUGAAACAAACCCUUGUGGUCCUGUGAUAUUGGCAGGGCUUAUCUUCAUACCACAGUUAUGAAAAAGCUCAGUGCAUUGUUCAUUAAUGUAUGUUUAUGAAUCUCAUAACAUACUGUACAUGCCUAUAUAUUUUUCAGAUUGGGUCUCUAUGUUCACCUGCUCUUAACUAGGUUAUUCAGUUUAGCUCAGAAGUUUUAAGUCAGCAGAAACCAGUUCGUCACUCUUAUUAGGUAUUCAUUAAUUUGGGAGCUUGUAACAUGGUAUGAAUACACAAGCAUGCAAUCAAAAAAAAUAUAAAACAGUAA